AUGAUGAAGUCCAUAAAGAUGUUUGAGGACUCAUCUAAAAGAUUGCUCAAACCCUUGCCAAAUAAGGAAUUCUAAGAUAUGAUACAACAGCAUUCGAAAAUUCUAUAAAAAUAAAACUACAACUCAGAAUACAAAAGACAGAACAAUAUUUUCAAAUCUAGAGACUCAUCCCCGCUUAAACUCAAAAGAAUGGAAGAUAGCGAGAUAACAAUGAAUGAUCUUAGCAAAGAUUUUAUGCAAAUUGUGAAUCUGGGGAAACAAGAAGAAGAAAAAAACUCAAAAUUUCUACUUUGCGAGGUUGAUCCUAAAUCCAUCCUCUACGAGCCAAUUGAGUCAUUAAGGAAGUUACUGUUAUAGGAGAGUGAUAAUGAUGACAGUUCAUUGACAGAUUCUUUUGAGGAACACAGCGUAAGUUUUGGUGAUAGAAGGUAAUCUUUAGCAAGCUAAGCCAAAAAAUCUGAAUCUAAGAAGCAAACGAAAGAGAGGACAUAACUCGAAUUAUAUAUGGAUUCAGUUGAAUCUGAGCUCAGGAAAAAAUAUGAGGAUAAGGGCUUCGGAAUGAAUAUAAUUAAAGAGUUAUAAGAAUUCUAUCAAAAUUGCUUUACACAGUUCAUAUAUAAUCUGUCUCAAACAAACUAGGAGUAUAAGAAAAUUGCUAAUAGAAUAUCUAAUGGGGUUGAACUUACUUUCUCAGCUUUUUUGAGACAUCAUGUCAAAGAGGUUUAAUGCCUUAAUUAAGUAAUCGAAGAAUAAAAGAGGGAGCUUUCAGAUGUAAAAAACUCUUAUAAUUUCUUAAGAAACGAUAUUUAAAAUUUGAAGUCACUAGCACCAUAGGUUUAAGAGUUGAUAGAGAAGCAUCUAAACCAAACUUAAUCAGGGUAUUUUACUUCUAAUCAAGAGACUUUUGAAGAAGCAGUAAACAACACUAGAUCCAUGUCAUAAAAUGAAAGAGAGAAAUACUUUUAAAAGAUCAUCGAAAAUGAAGAAUAACUCCAUGCAAUAACAUAAAUUGAAGAGAUGAUUAACUUAAGAAACUAGCAUAUACUUAAAAAGAAAUAGGUCAAUGAUGGAAUUUCCUUAGAUAGAUUUAAGCCAUCUGAUGCGGAAUCGAAUCUCAAAUCAAUCAUUAAUGAGAUCAAAGUUUUUCAGGAUUAACAGUAUUUAGAGUAAAGAAUGACUCAAGUAAUUGAGAAAGAUGAUCAAGAUAUGAAUUAGGAUAUAGAAAAGCAAAAGAGGAUCAUAAAUAAGGACUGGACUGGUGAGAGAAACGUCAAGAUAAUGGAGGUAAAAAUGAAACUUGUAGACAAAAUGGCAAGAAGAUUGAAUAAGCCUAUUCCUAAGAGUGUUAAGAUACAAACAGAGGAAGAUUAUAUUACAAAAGAAGAGUACUAAAGAGUUCAACAGCUCAAUAUAUCCUUUCAUAAGCAACUUGCUGUUAAUGGCCAGCUUUUCUCUUAAAAGGAAAAGUAGGUAGGGGAACUUACGAGACUUUUAUUAAUAUCUGAACAAAACUUUAAGAGAUGCGACAGAUAGCUCAAUGAUUUGAAAAUUCUAAACAAUGUGAAGAAAAAUUUCAUGUCAUAAAUCAAGAGCGAAUAUGAAGAUAUAGUCUUAAGUAUCGUUAACAUUUGUGUAAAAUAUGCAAAGGAUAUUAGAGGCUCGAAUGAGGCAAUUAUAGCAGAAAUAGAAGUAAAUCAAACAAUUUAGGAGAUACUUGAGAUCUAAAAGAAAUGCACUGAAGAUUAUCUAUAUGCGUUACUUGAAAGUAGAAGGGUUAUGAAUGAGAUAUCAUAGACAUAAUAAUUAGGCAGAGCCAAGGGUAUUAUAAAGAAUACUAUCUAGUCUAAUAAAAAGACUAGUUACUAAGGGAAGUCUAAUCUAAAUUCAAGCAGCAAUAAUUAAAAGAAGGAUAUCCUUGUGAGUGAUGAUAAUUCUGAUUCUGAUGAAUCUACUGACAGUGUAGAUUAAGUUAUUAAUGCUAAAAUCAACUAUACUCAGAGCAAUAUAUAUGAUUUUGAAACUGCUAACCUAAGAUAGAGAUAUUCCAUUGGCCAAUAGAUCCUUAAGAAUCACAUAUUCAAGAUUAAUCAGACAUUAGAGGAAGAAGACUUAAAACGAAGCUCUAGUAUGGCAUUGAUAAGACAAGGUCAAGAAAAUGCUAAAUAACAGAGAAUAAUAAAUAGACUUUCACCAAUUACUCAGGAGUUGUAAAGUUUAAAUCUCUAAAAUUUAAGAGACGCUUCCUCCUCUAAAGAAGAUAAUAAAAUAUCUAUUCUUGAAAAAUAUAGACUAUAAAAUGAUGAAUUCGCAAAAAAGAUUAGUGUAGAAAAGGAAAAACUAAACUCCAUUCUAUAAAAACCAUUGAAUUUCACAAAAUUCGUUUAAGGAGAAUAUGGAUAAUUGAAUCUAUAAAGUAAUGAGCAGUAGCAAUAAAUAGGUGUAAUCAGCGACUAGCAAUCGAUAAAUUUUACUCCCACAUUAUCUUAAAAGAUGGAUUAACUAUUACUGACACAAAAUACUUAAUAAUAACGUAAGUCAAGUUUUCAAAAGUCUGGUUCCAAAUAAAAUUUCUCUCAUUAGAAUUAAAAUUCUGACUAAGAAAAUUAAGGCCUAAGUGACGAAUUAUUGCAAUAGAUGAAAGAGAUGAACAUAACUUUGCCAGAUUUGACUGAAAUUAAAGAGGUUUCAGAAGGAAAAACAGAAUUUAACACUAGGAUCGGCACCGCUAAAACUAAAAAUUCAAAGCAAGAUAUGGAAGCUGAACACUAGCAAAGAGUUUAAGAGAUUAUGGCUAGAUGGGCUAAUAUGAAGCACAAAAAUAUAUAGGUACAAGUGGCAGAGUUAAAAUCUAGUGGGACAUAAACAGAAUACUAUGUAGAUGAUUAUGGAAUGAGACUUAAUAACUCCCUUUCCUAUAUUAACAAGAUCUCUGAUAAUUUCCUUGAGUUCAAAACAGAGAUGUAAAAUCACUCAGCUGCUAAUAAGAUGAUAUCAGAGUAAAAAAUAGAUUAAAUGCGAUAAUUCUUAAGAUUUGUGUUAAACAAGUCGUUAACAGAACCUAUUCAGAGCAAAAAUCAUGGAACUCAAUAAAAUGCUGUUUUAAAUGUAAUGAGUUAGCAUUUUUCAAACAAAAUUCUUAAAAAUUUCCUUGUUAACUCUCAAUAAACUGGAUAGAAUCAGCCAAUAACACUUCCAUAACAAAUUGAGCAAAUAAUUUAACCAACCUAAAAUCCAUAAUCACAGUCUAGACCAGGAACAUAGGGUGCAGGGGCUAGGCCUUUAAGUAAAGAAAAAAAUUUGCCUAUGCAGAUUUAAUAACUUCAAUCGUAAAGAGAUGAUUAAAAUGAGAGAGUUUAAUCUAGAGAAAAAAUCUUAAAUAGAUAAUAAUCAAAAUUAUAAAUCAAUGAUAUAAAGCAGAACUAAGAUUUUAUAAAUAUUGCUGGUAAACCUAUGAAUGACAGCUUUAUUGGAGGCUUAAAUCUUAGCAGUAAUGUUAUGAAGCAUUUAAAUCUCCUAAAUCCAACAAAUAAUAGUUCCUCAUUACUAUUUGACCAGAGUUAAUAUAUCCAUAAUCCUACUUCAAAUUAACUAAUCAUGCAGAAACUUCAUCAAAUCCCUAAAAUUCAUCAAUAGUAAGCGAUUAUUUCAUAGAUAGCUAGUGCUUCCAAUGGAGGAUUAACAAACUCAUUAGGUCUAAAGGGUCUUAAGAAUUAACAAAAUAUGCCGCUGAGGUCAUAAACAAAUAAGAGUAUGCUCAUGAGUAAAAGCUUGGCAAAUCUAGACAUGCUUUAAAGCUUACAGUCAUAGGAGAGCUUUAGAUAGUAAAAUGAAACGCAAUUAGCUCAGAAUUAAAUCAAAGAUUUCAAUAAUAAGUAAAUAAUUCAAUCAUAACUGUAUGAUGGAAAUGAUUAGCAAUAAAUCUCAAUAACAGAUCAAAAUAAUUUGAGAAAUAGUAUGAUUUCUGAUCAAUCUUAACUGGAAAGAAAAUAUAUCUAAGAUUAAAUGAGCAUUAUCAACUAAUACAAUAACGAGGAUGAAAACUAGGAGGAAUUUGAAAAGGAAUUCACGAGACAAUUUGGAACUAGUGAGUUGCUAAGCAGAGCGUAAUCCUAACUAAAAUAUAAGCCUUUGGAGCCUGUUUAGCAUGAAUUCUUAGCGAGAGUGAAUCAUAAGGCAAAAGACCAAGAUAAUCUGAUGUUGAAACAUCCAGGUAGCGGCCAUGUAACUUUUUCUCCAAGGAAAACUCAAUCUAAAUUCUAAAUGGCAGAGGCAGACGAACUUCUUGAUAGAUUUAAUUUGAUGUAUUCCCACUAGAUACCAUUAAAAUACGCUGAUCAAGAUGAAUCGAUAUAAUAACAAGAUUAAUCUACAUAAAAAGCUGAGCCAAUACUGAUGACUAAACUUACACCUGGUUAGUAGAAGUAUAUUAAAAAAUUGAUAGCCUCUCAGCAUCUAACAGUUGAAUAGAAAUUCUACUAUCUCAGAAUGAUACAGAUCUAACUUUAGAAUUUGAAUUACAUUCCUAGUCAUCCUAUUGGUGAUCUAAUUUUUGGCAAAGAUGCUCGAUUGAGAAAAAGAAGAUCUAGAAAGUAGCCUGUCCUUGAACCUCUAAAAAUCACCAAAUUAAAAAACAGGGAAUAGACUAUGAAGCAAUCCUAUUCUCAUGAAUAAUUGCCAAGAGUAUAGUAAAGAAUCAGCACAAGGAACAAAAAUGUAUUUGCUUAAACCUAAUCUGAUUAUUAGCUUGAUCCUUCAAUUACAGACUACUAAAUUUAUCAACUUGAUGAAUUAGAUAACGAAAGACAGGAACAAACCAUGAUGUUGAAAAAAGAACUGAUUAAAAGUCAUGCUGAUUCUAAGAGUCACAGAGAGUUGAGACAAAUCUUAACUUAUAGAGAUAGAAAGAGAAGCAUUUAAGACAUGGAAAGGUAGGGACACUCAUACGUUGAGACUUAAUCAUAUUCAAAGGAAGGAAAAAGACUUGAUCAUUUACCUCUGAAUUUAUGA